AAACAUAAAUAUCACAUCACGAUCUGAAGUCAGUUUCUCAUUAUGGAGAACAGAGAGAGCAGAGAGAGAUCUUCAUCUCCAGAUCCCAGCUGUGUGUCUGUGAAGAGUGACGCAUCCAUGGAGAAGCCUCCUAAACUCAGUGAUGAAGCAGUGACCUCUGACCCCAGUGAUGAAGCAGUGACCUCUGACCCCAGUGAUGAAGCAGUGACCUCUGACCCCAGUGAUAAAGCAGUGACCUCUGACCCCAGUGAUGAAGCAGUGACCUCUGACCCCAGUGAUGAAGCAGUGACCUCUGACCCCAGUGAUGAAGCAGUGACCUCUGACCCCAGUGAUGAAGCAGUGACCUCUGACCCCAGUGAUAAAGCAGUGACCUCUGACCCCAGUGAUGAAGCAGUGACCUCUGACCCCAGUGAUGAAGCAGUGACCUCUGACCCCAGUGAUGAAGCAGUGACCUCUGACCCCAGAGUUUAUAGAGAUGAUCAGACUGGAGACCAGGAUUCUCCUCAGCCAGUGAAUGAUGAACUACAGAGAGUCAAACACAGACACAAAACCAGCAUGAAGAACAAGUAUGAGAGAUUAUUUGAGGGACUGAAUCUCCAAGAGAAUGAAACCCUCCUGAACAGGAUCUACACACAGCUCUACAUCAUAGAGGGAGAGAGAGGAGGAGUGAAUGAAGAACAUGAGGUUUUACAGAUGGAGAAAUCAGCCAGAACACAACACUCACAAGACACUCCAAUCCACUGCAAUGACAUCUUUAAAGCCUCUCCUGAACCAGGACGCCAGGAGAAACAGCGGAUCAAGACUGUUCUUACUAAAGGCAUCGCUGGAAUCGGGAAAACCGUCUCUGUGCAGAAGUUCAUUCUGGACUGGGCCGAGGGGAAAGACCAUCAGGAUGUAGAUUUCAUGUUUGUGCUUCCAUUUCGAGAGCUGAACCUGAUCCGAGAUCAUCAGUACAGUCUUCACACACUUCUGCUGGACUUUCAUCCUGAACUUCAAGAUCUGGACUCAAAGAUGUAUGAGGAGUGUAAAGUUGUGUUCAUCUUUGAUGGUCUGGAUGAAAGCAGAAUCGCACUGAUGUUUUCAGACGCCCAGGACGUUUCUGAUGUGACUGAGACUUCAUCAGUGGGUGUGUUGAUGUCAAAGCUCAUGAAAGGAGAUCUGCUUCCCUCGGCUCUCAUCUGGAUCACCUCCAGACCAGCAGCAGCCAAUCAGAUCCCCUCCGAAUACAUCCACCGUCUGACAGAGAUUCAGGGAUUCAAUGAGCCUCAGAAGGAGGAAUAUUUCAGGAAGAGAAUCAGUGACGAGCAUCAAGCCAGCAGAAUCAUCUCACACAUCAGAAGAGCAAGAAGCCUCCACAUCAUGUGCCACAUACCCGUCUUCUGCUGGAUCUCCUCCACUGUGCUCCAGAAGCUCCUGGAAGAAGAUCUGAGUGCAGAAAUCCCUCAAACUCUGACUGAAAUGUACAUCCACUUCCUGCUGAUUCAGAUCCACAUGAGGAAUCAGAAGUAUGAAGAGAGAGAUCCAGAGAAACUCCUGCAGUCCAACAGAGAAGUGAUUGUGAAACUUGCUGAAGUGGCUUUCUAUCAGCUGAUGAAGGGCAAUGUGAUGUUCUAUGAGGAGGACCUGAUUGAGAGCGGCAUAGACGUCACUGACGCCUCAGUCCAUUCUGGGAUUUGCACUGAGAUCUUUAAGGAGGAAUCUGUGAUUCAUCAGAGGAAAGUCUACAGCUUCAUUCAUCUGAGCGUUCAGGAGUUUCUCGCUGCUUUCUAUGUGUUUUACUGCUAUUUAAUGAAGAACAAGGAACCACUGCAGUUUCUGCGUAGAUUCAGAUCUGAUGAAGACUCUCUGUAUCUCAGAUCUGGUGAAGACUCUCUGUAUGAUCUACUAACAUCAGCAGUAGAUAAAGCCCUCAGGAGUGAGAAUGGACGGCUGGAUCUGUUCCUGCGGUUCCUGCUGGGCGUCUCACUGGAGUCCAAUCAGAGACUCUUACAGGAUCUACUGACACACACAGAGAACAGCUCAGAGAGCAUCAGGAGAACCACACAGUUCAUUAAAGACACGAUCAAAGAAGAGCGGAUAAUUAAUCCUCUCUCAGCGGAUCAAUCCAUCAAUCUGUUCCUCUGUCUGCUGGAAGUGAAAGAUCAGACUCUGUCCAGAGAGAUUCAGGAGUUUGUGAAAUCAGACAAACACUCAGUGGAGUUUCUCUCUCCGUCUCACUGCUCAACAAUCUCCUACAUGCUUCAGAUCUCAGAGGAGCCGCUGGAUGAGCUGAACACCAUGAAAUACAACACAUCAGAUGAGGGCAGAAGAAGACUGAUACCAGCUGUGGUCAACUGCAGAAAAGCUCUUCUGGUUGGCUGUAAUCUCACUGGUCAGGAUUGUGAAAUUGUGUCAUCAGCUCUACAAUCCUCAAACUCUGUUCUGAGAGAGCUGGAUCUGAGUAACAAUGACCUGCAGGAUUCAGGAGUGAAGAUUAUUUCUGAUGGACUGAAAAGCCCAAACUGUCAGCUGCAGAUACUGAGGUUGUCUGGCUGUAUGGUGACAGAGGAAGGCUGUGGUUAUGUGUCUUCAGCUCUGAGUUCAAACCCAUCACACCUGAGAGAGCUGGAUCUGAGUAACAAUGACCUGCAGGAUUCAGGAGUGAAGAUUAUUUCUGAUGGACUGAAAAGCCCAAACUGUCAGCUGCAGAUACUGAGGUUGUCUGGCUGUAUGGUGACAGAGGAAGGCUGUGGUUAUGUGUCUUCAGCUCUGAGUUCAAACCCAUCACACCUGAGAGAGCUGGAUCUGAGCUACAAUCACCCAGGAGAAUCAAGAGUCAAGCUGCUCUCUGACAAACUGAAGGAUCCAAACUGCUCACUGCAGAUACUCAAUGUGGAUCAUUGUGGAGAGUUCAGGAUUACAGCAGGAUUACACAAAUACGCCUGUGAUCUCACACUGGAUCCACACACAGCACACACUCGACUCAUUCUGUCUGAUGAGAACAGGACAGUGACGUGUGUGGAAGAGCGUCAGUCGUAUCCUGAUCAUCCAGAGAGAUUUGAUAGAGUUCUUCAGGUUCUGUGUGGAGAGAGUCUGACUGGACGCUGUUACUGGGAGGCUGAAUGGAGCGGGAGAGAUGCUGUUAAAUCAGUGUCAUAUAAAGGAAUCAGGAGGAAAGGAGGGAUAGACUGUGUGUUUGGAUACAAUGAUAAAUCCUGGAGUCUGUUCUGCUAUAAUAACAGAUUCACUGUCCUUCACAAUCGUAAUAGGACUGCUAUUCCCGUCGUCUGUUCAUCCUCUAAGAGAGUAGGAGUGUGUGUGGACGUGUCGGCCGGCACUCUGUCCUUCUACAGCGUCUCUGACACACACACACUCACACGCUUACACACACUCUACACCACAUUCACUGAACCCCUCUAUGCUGGAUUUGGGCUUUAUGAUUAUAACUCUUCAGUGUCUCUGUGUGACAUUAAACAGCGUCCUGAGAGAAACAUCAGUGACACACACACACCCGGGUUCUCUGAGCCCAAACCUUCUGGGCUGGAUAUUCACCCGCUGCUGAACUGCCAGUCUUGUGUCCAUAUAGCUGAUUCUGAUCAGUGGCUUCAGAUUGAGCCGUCGGCCUGUACAGAUGAAGGAGGGUCAAAGUUCAGGGUCCGCACUGGCCCAGGCCGUUACGAGUGUGUCAGGACCAGAAUGCGAUGGGUCUGUGCCUGUGUCGUCAGCCUUCAGUACCGGACCGUAGACGGACUCUUCCUCAACGCAGAGCUGGAGAGGCUGCACUGCAACCGGAUCGCUCCAGUGAUGGACGUGACGGUGAUCUCAGGGAAACUGGAGGAAGUUCAUCUGCCCCAUUACGCCUGUUUAGCAGAGUCUGACCCCUCUCUCAAAGAUGCUGUGAAAGUGCUCACCGUAAGAGACGAGGGAAUAACCACAGAACCUGUGCAGUUGACCCGAUUCCAUGCCAAGAUUGUCCAGCCAUCCUUCUCUCUUAUAACAUUGAUUAUAAGUUGGAUAAUGGGAUGGGACGAACACUGCGAUCUUCUUCUCUACAUGCGUUCUCAAGAUCCUCUCAUUCUACAUCUCUACCUUUUUCCAUUUGAUGAGUGUGAAAAAGAAAGAGUUAAGAAGAAAGAAAAGAACAAUUACCUAAUAGAGCAUCCCAGACCUGGCAGGCCACUCCGGAUGAGAACGUUCCACAUGCUUGAUGUUUCUGGUGCCGCCGCUAUCCAUCCCAGAGAAGGGAUCACACUCACAAGAGAAAUUCCCCCAAACUUCUUCAAGGUCAAGACUCGUCUGGAGAAUGAUCUUCAAAUGACUCUCAUCAGAGAAGAGGAUCAGAAGACCGUCUGGACUGCAACGAUUGAGAAAGAUGAACUCGAUCUGAUUCGUCCUCAGAGAAACGAGCCGCGUCUGAAUAGUGAGGCAGAUAAAGCAAGAUAUUUUGAUAAUCAUUGGUCAGAUCUCAUUCAGGGCGUUACUAAUGUCCAGAUCAUUGCAGAUAACCUGUGUCAGUGGAAACUAAUUCAUAGGGAAACAUAUUCAGAAAUCACACAGAGUGUAACCAGUCAGGAGAGCAUGAGAAAGAUCUGUGACAUUAUAAGCAAACACAGUGAUGCUGUGAAAGCUAAACUCAUCUCAGUUCUUCAGCAAGAGAAGCUUUACCACUUUUGAACAUUGGUGUCCGGA